AUGAGUGCGUUUUCAUGGUGUUGGAGUCUUGCAGGACUUGCGCUCUUAGGCAUUUUUACAAAUGGGGUAAUGGGUUUUGAUGAAAUGAACUUGUUCAACAGAUUCAACGACACAAGUGUUUAUGAGAAACAAGACAAUGGUGCUGGUGUUCUGAUGGUAGGACUCACUCUUGUUCAAGCCGCUGCUGCCAAAGGAGCCGUGUGUCUGGAUGGGUCGGUGCCUGGAUAUCAUUUGUAUCGUGGGUACGGUUCAGGAGCAAACAACUGGAUCAUUCAGUUGCAGGGUGGUGCGUGGUGUGACAGCGUGAAAAAUUGUCAAUACCGUAAAAGUAGUAGUUACGGAUCGUCCACAUUAAUGGAGAAAAUGUUAUCAUUUACGGGAAUACUAAGCAAUAAAGCCGCUGAAAAUCCAGACUUUUACAAUUGGAAUAAAGUUAAAGUCCGGUAUUGUGAUGGUGCAUCCUUUAGCGGCGACAGCGAAAACAAGGCCGCACAACUUCAAUUUAGAGGAAAACGUAUAUUUUUAGCUGUCAUGGAAGAUUUGAUGGCAAACGGAAUGCGUCAAGCAAAGCAGGCUUUGCUCAGCGGUUGUUCGGCUGGGGGUCUUUCAUCGAUCUUACGCUGCGAUGAUUUUAAGAGCUUGUUUCCUCUAAGCACCAAAGUAAAAUGCAUGAGCGAUGGUGGCUUCUUCCUUGAUACUGUUGAUAUAUCUGGAGGUCGUACGUUAAGACGUAUGUAUUCUGGUGUCGUUAACACCCAGGGUUUGCAAAACACGCUUCCUCGCACAUGUACAAACCAUUUUGAUCCAACUUCGUGUUUUUUUCCUCAAAACAUAAUCAACCAAGUGAUGACUCCGUUGUAUAUUCUCAACUCAGGAUUUGAUGCGUGGCAGAUUGGAAAUAGUAUAGCUCCACCAUCUGCAGAUCCGACUGGCAGUUGGCAUAACUGCAGCUUCAUGUUCAGAUGCAACGCAGCUCAGAAGAAGGUCUUGGAAGGUUUCAGGAUAAGCAUGUUAAAUGCGUUAAAAACCUUUUUGACGUCAAGGAAGAACGGAGUCUUAAUUACCUCAGGCUGGGCUCAUUGCCAAGCGGAGAGACAAGAUGCUUGGUUUCCUGGAAACUCUCAAGCGGGUAACAAGGGGAUUGCUGUAGCUGUUGGAAAUUGGUAUUUUGAAAGAGCAUAA